ACUCCACAUAAACCAAUGAAAGCGUUUUAAGUUUACAUCGGGACAAAGACGGCUGCUUAUGGCAUCGCUAUUGGUUGCAUUUCUCCCUCCUGAAACCUAAUUGGCCAGUACGUUGACGCUACACAUUUUCAAUUUGUCGCAAUUUCAGAAUCUACCCGAGAGGCGGGACAUGGUUUACUAUGCAAGGUUCUGAUUGGUUCUUCGACUGACCGAGAACACACUCGCACCGAAUGAUAGGUCUGAACCGUCAGCGCAACGGUGAAACUCGGGCGCCGUCCGGCAUGGAAAUGUCACACAAACAUCGGUGUUUUAGAAACAACGCCUAAAGGAGAUGUUUUCACAGCUUCACAGCACGUUUUCCCUCAAACGAUUUUAGUUGUGAUGAUUUGGGAAUAAGGCUGGCAAACAGAAAAAGUGGACUGCCCCACGAGACCAGGAAAGAGACUCAAAGAUGAGGCUCAGUCAUCACAACCUCAACACUUGAGCUCAUCCCCAUGCGAGAGACAAACAGCAUGACAAGCUCUGGAGUUAAAGCUGAGAUGGAGGAGCAAUAUUCAGAAGGUGAAAGCCACAAAUCGGUGUCACCUUGUCUGACCUCACAGUUAGGAGAUGGCAGCACCACAAAGGAGCAAAGCCAUGACUGGAAGCCAGUGCAGAAGGAGUCCCCAGAGAGCCCUUCAGCAAUAAAACGAUGGGAGAUCGGUCCGCUUCUACAGUCAUUCAAAUCCAAGAUGGCUAGCUUCACUGAGAUCGUCAUGAGCCCUGUUCGGCUUUUUAAGCCCAGUGACUCUCUGUCCUCAAUCGCACUUCCUGAACAGCAUGAACCAUUGAUAAUGCAGUCAAAUGUUGAAAAUUCAACCCGGACUGAGGAGGGCGUGACUGGUGAUGAUAAAUGUAGAAAUGGAUUGUUUCCAAAAAGGCCUUCUUCAGAAAAGGCACAGUGUAACACUGCUCCAAAACGCCACAGAGUUGCACAGAGACUGAAUUUUUGUACAGUUUCAACAAGUAACAACCACAAGCCAGUAUUGGAUCAUAUUCAAAUGCACAACGAGGUUGCACCAAAUGAAGAAAAUCAGAUAGACUGUCCUUCAAGCCAGUCACAAACCGUCCUUCAGGAUGUGACUCAUGUUGCCAGUCCUUUCCUCAGGACUAGAGCAAAUCUGUCCACAGACAAACCUUUGAAUUCUGCAAGUGCCAUGCAUAUGUCUAGUGAAGCCAAUGCUCAGACAAAUGCGGUUGUUGUUCUGCGUCAGCUGUCAGGUGAGAGACAGACCCGUAGAAAUGACACAGCCUGUGGAUAUUGUCCUAAGUCCUGCUCUUUAGAAGAGGGAUCAAACCUAAUGAAACCAGAGCCAAACAGCAGCACAAACAAUACUUGCUUAAACAAGCCUAAUCCUGGAGCCUCCUCUUUUAGCACUUCCUCUAAUUUUGAUUUGAUAGAUAAAGACACAAGCACAGGUGGUUCGUCUGGCAGUGAAGAAUCCUAUUCACGGGUGUCCACCAGGAAGAGCCCUAGAAAGAAACCGUCAUGGACGGCUGAGCCCACCUCCACUGAAUUGGCUGCUUUUGUGACAGGAUCAAAGCCUUUGGGUGUGGAGAUGAAGGAAUCACAGUCUAAAAAAGUUAUGGAGUGGACACACCACUCGACUGAAAUAUCAGACCCUCCAAAAAGUUCUACUGUCGGGGAAGUGAGAGCAAAGAGAAGCAGAGAAACUCCUCGGAUAAAGAAAGACUUGCAGGCAAGGAGGAAAUGUGACAUGCAAAACGCUAAGGGAAGACCUGCAAGGAAUAAAAAGUUAAAAGACAAUGGCAUCACUCGGGAAAUAAACCAGGAGGAUGAAACAUUUAUUCAGGUUAGGAAAACGAGGAAAGGGGUUUCUAUGAUGCACCCACUCCAAGACUCAGAUGUGCCCGUCUGUAGUAGUAAUACUGCAGAUGUUGAGAUGAGAAAUUCUGUAGAGACCUCAGAAGAAAAGGGACAGGACAAGACGAUGAGAAGUCGGUUGAGAAAAAAUGUAAAAUGUCGGACGUUACUGACCCCCAGCAAUGAAGUUGAUGCCACUGAUGCUACACCCUCUCAAAACUGCACACAAAAUGUUUCAAUUAACAAGAGUGUGCACGGCAACGAUAUAAAUAUCAUGAAUGGUCCAUCAGAAUCUCGAGGAUUUCAGCAGCCACAAGAGCCUGAGGCUCGAAAAACAAGACGGCAUCUCAAAGGUUCAGGUGAUGCUUUGCAGAAGAGAAACCUUCGUCCACCCAAGCAUAAGUUUGAGGACUACAGCGUGACUUCAGUGGUUGAUCCAGCAGGACCAAGUAAACCUUCAAAAAUAACACUACUGCACCACCAACAGUCUGUUACUGUGGCUGAGGAGCAGGUAACAUCUCUUCCUGGACUUGAAUUAAGAGAAGAAAUGAAGGAACUUUUGUCACCUGAUUCAACAGCUCCAGUGCAUUUAGAAAGAAAACUAAGCAGACCCCUAAAGAAUGUAAACCGACCAAGAAGAAAAGAUGUUUCCAUUGCAAAAAGAAAAGGAACUAUUGGAGGCGAGGAUGAAGCAGAGAGCCAAGAAAAGGCAUCAGAAGCCGUUCCAGUAGUGUCGUUGUCAGGUAGCGGUUCCAACCGCCUCCUGCGCAGCUACUCCUGCCCUGAAAUCCCGUCCCUAGUAUCCAGUGACUGUCAUUUACCCCGGUCCCACACGCAUGACAACAGCACUACCUCACCCAGCAGAAAGAGCUCACCCACUCAACUUCCCAUCCACCAUCACUCUCCGUCCAAGCGCACUCGCCGGCACACCGUCUGCAGUGUGGAGAUCGAGCGAGAAAUUGCCCCUUUGUGUCUCCGUAAAGAGGUGUACCCUGCUAGUCGGGGUAGCCCUUUGUCCCCCUCUUCCCCUUACUCUCCCUCCACUUCUCUCACAGCCUUAGCCUCAUGUUUUUUGUCCAGUCCUUUAGCGUUCUUGUCUAAAAGCUCAAGCCAAGGGCGUAGUCAUGCUAACGAUGCCAGCGCUGGCAGCAUUUCAGCUGCCUCCAGUUUUGUUGCAUCAUCAUCAUCAUCAUCAUCAUCGUCCUCCUUCAGUUCCCCUUUUACUUCCACCCUCACGUCCUGUCACGCUUUAUCCGGCCUCUCCUCUGUUGUCACUCCCAGCCCUGAGACACCUUCUGCCUCUGUGUCAUCACUCUGCAGAUCACGCGCAGAACUUUCCACUCCUAUCAGUGUGGGAAAAAUAAUUAUAAUGCUGAUUACAUGUGCAUUCUCUCAGAGUUCUUUGGAGGGAGACCAUGGGGUGCUUCAGAUGGAGUGUGAGGAGGCAAUAGAUGAAGAAGAGAGAUCAAACUUUGACCUUAAACUCUCUGCAGCCAUCUCAGAGGAGAAAGCAUUAUCAGACUCUGAAAUCAAGACAGACAUAAAGGAGGGUCAGCGAGGAAAGGUGUCCUCUAUUCGUAUCCGUAAGAAGAUUCCAAAGCCUCAGAAUAAUCUCACCCCUAUGGGCCUUCCUAAGGUCAUCAGAAUAAAGAAAAAGGAUUUCAGCUUGGAGGAAAUCUAUACAAACAAAAACUUCAGCAAACCUCCUGAUGGACGUUUGGAAACCAUAUUUGAGGUGCCUCUUAACCGGCGAGAUGGCUCUCAGUCUGUCGUGGGCCAAAAAAAGGUGAAGCGCUUUGUCGAAUUCCCUGAACUGGGUGUUCCCAGGAAGCCCAAGAAACCUCUGGUGGGUGUAGUGGCAGGGGGUGGAGCCCAGAGGAAGGCAGGAGGAAACUCUGGGAUCUGUAGAACCAGAAGAGGUGUCGGGGUCUCUUCUAAAGUGGAGGACGGCCUCACUUUGCAGGAACUGGAGUCACUUCUUUGCUCCAAGCUUGAGGAGCUAGACACCUGGAUGGCACUUCAGCAGGUAGCAGGCUGAAGCAGAGGUCUUGUUUGAUCUGUACCAAACAAUGGGCUUUGUGGGUAUUAUGUUGAAAUUUACUGUAAAUUCAUCAAAGCAACAAUAAAUAGAUUUGCAAAGCUGUAAAAUCUGUUUUUGAUUACUAGUGUACUGUAAAGAUUUUACAAAUACAUCACAUUCUUUAUAUAUUUUGCAAGGCAAUGGUUUUUAUUUUGUAAAUUGGUCUGAUAAACAAGAAACACCCUUCAGAAGGGGUAACUGCCUGCCGUUUUGUCCUUUUGUAACUGUUCAAAGGAAGAGCACUUGUUUACAUUAAUCUGUGACAUGUGUGUGUAUAUAUAUCUAAUUCCUGCUCGCCACAUCUCCAUAUCAAAAAGUGUUUUAAAGUAAGAGUUACUCAUAAACCAUUCCUUUCUCAGUAUCUUACACAUUUAAAACAUUUAAACUUCAGUUGAAUGCCUUAUUUGAUACACUCUCAAUAUGGCCUGUGUAGCACAAAGGCUUUUACAAAGUUGUAGCGGCAGCAUUGAAUACAGUGAGUUACCAGCGAGACAAAAGUUUGCAUUGUUCAGUUUUAAAUUAUGCUUUUUGCUUCUCAUAGAAGCAUAAAGGAUUUAAAGGUUUCAAUGCAGUCUGUACUUUUACUCAGGUACUCUAAAUGUAGUCCAUUCACUUAAUUAAGACUUUUGUUCCUCUUUGAUGUAGUGACUUAUAAUACUGCUUAUGGUGUUUGAACAUGUUGAAUGGUUUGUGUGUAAAAUUGUUUGAUAUGUAUAGAUGUCUGGGUUCUGUAUUUCUAACAGAAUACAAUUGAGCUGUGUUUUGUAUAUUAGUGUUUGGUCAAGUUGUUUGUAUAGAAGUUCACAAAGAACAGGUGUAUUUUGACUGUUAAACAUUUUAUUACAAAUCCUGAAAGACAUGCAAUGUACAAAACAUCAAAAGCACAACGUAUUGAAAAUACUUAUUUACAAGAACUGAAAGUUAAUAACGUAACGCAUCUCAACUCCCUGCGAGUGUUUCAACGUUUCAUUUCCAAUUUUCAUUAAGAGCCUAAAUAAAAACACUUGCUGAAAUGUAAAAGUA